GAAGAAUAACAAGAAAGAGUGCGAAAGAAUAUAAUUAGAUAAAGAAACUAGAGAGUUGCAACGUUGCCACAUUUUUAAAAGGAAACUGUGAGGUCUCUUCUUUAUAUUGUAAAGUUAGGACACUCGCCAAGCCAAGUCUUUGGUGCUCCUCACGCGAAGGUACCAGUGCAAGUGAAUUCCGUAGGCUCAUUGUGUUCUGUGUGACAUGUGUAUUUGGCGCCGUCGGAUUGGAUCACGGAACUGGAGUAGCGUUCCGGCUUAAAGACUGCGCAUACAGAGUCGUAAUAACGUUUCCCUUCUCCGAUUCAAGACUUACUUUCUUCCCCCCCGCCAUUCGGAACCACUACGCCACCCCAUAGCGGCAUCUAGAACCAUCCUUGUCUCGCAGUAAACCACCCACCAAGACGACCACCACCAAUCCUCCCUGUUUUAAAAAUAUAACAAACCCCAUAGUUUGCAAGCCGUUCCUUCUCUCCAGGGAGCUGAAAGUUUCCAAGAAACUGUCCCGCGUCGUUUGAAAGGAACACUGAUGAAAUAAACUUCCAAUUGUCAUUCCUCUCCUUUUUCGUUUUUAUUUCGAGAGGGGUUUUCAACUUGUAGUUCAAAACACCUGCCAACAGUGGAGCCCUCAGGUAAUGUACUAAUCUGUCAAUUGACGAUCAUGAGAGUUCUACAUGACUUGCAACUGCGCACUUGCAAAACUUCUUUGCUUCUCGAUAGCUGACCAAUAUGUUCCGUCACAUACAUUCCGCCAGUGUUGCGUGUUCAGCGAGUGUCGUGGUUCGGGAAUUUAACGAUAUCGCCAAGUUGUAUUCAUGAGUUGUGAUCGUGUGUCUUCAUCAAGAGCAAAGUGUAUUACUGCAAAUUAUUGUGCAUGACGCAAUUAAGAGAUAACCCCCCUCUGUCUCCGGGAUUGUUGCUCAGUGUUGUACUGUAUCAUCGGACACUACAAGAAUCUGCUUCCAGUGGUAACCACAUGGCGGCUAACCUAGCCAAGUGGUGGAAAUCCAAGAUUCUUAAUGGAUACAGACAAUUCACAGUGGUUCCAACAGAUUGCAGCGACGGACGACCCUCGGACACGGAGGAGCUUUUGGGCCGCCAUGAGUACAACGCCGCCAACGAGAAAGACACAUGCGAUGAGAAACAGCAACCAAACAAUGCAAAGAAUGGCGCUCCCAGCCCCGAGAGAAGACAGCUUAACUUCGAGGAGUUCGAGUGCGACCUGUCCGUGGAGGGUGGCGUUGACUUGGGAGGUCAAGAGCGCCAGGAAUUCUCUUUCACACUGUAUGAUUUUGAUGGACAUGGGAAGAUCACAAAAGAUGACAUUGCUGGUUUGGUGACAACAAUUUAUGACACAUUGGGUUCAUCCAUCAAAGUUCCACAUUAUGGCAGCAAGACAAUAAAGGUGAAGUUGACAGUAUCCCCAGAUCAGCGCAAGAAAGAUGUUGCUCAAGACGCUGUGCCUGCAGGAGGAGAUAAUAUGCCCAAUAACAACAACAACAAUGUAAAGUGCAGUGGUACUUGCCCAGGUUCUGGGGGCCAAUCUACCCAUCAGGGGAGUUCCAACCACAGAGUGAAGUUCAAGCGUGACUUAAAUGUGACGAUUAGAGAAUCUCAUAUGCCUCGACGACUACAUCGUAGGAGAAGAUGCGGUGGCGGCGACAAUGUCCCCGUGUCUGAGGACAAAUAUGCUAAUAGCUGCAGUAGUAGUUGUAGAAGUGGUGUCAGUGAGAACAAUGAUGAUGGAGCAGCUGACAUCUCAGAGGAUGACAAUGAUGAUGAACUUGCACCUGAAGACAUGCCUGUGAACAGAGAACUGGGAUCUCAGCAUUCCACUCCUAAGGCUGGUCAAGGAAGCGGGAGGCCACAUACGAGGCGGUAUCAGCAACACACACCUGCACGUUAUCGGCAUCAGCAUGGUGUGUACUGCCCGGGGGAGACCAACACUGCUCAGCUGCUGCGUCAGCGCAAUAAGAAACGUUCAAGCUCUCUUCAGCGAGAGGAGCUGCUGCAGAUCAUUCAGGCCAAUAUGGAGAAGAACAAUUUAAGUUUUCAAACGUCAAGGAAACAGUGUGGUGAUCGUGGAGGGCCAGGUGAUCGUCAUUCUCACUAUCGGCAUCGACAGAAGACACAGCAGCAUGAAGAUGGAGUAGCAGCCCGAGUACAACUUCAUUGUGUUGCAAAUGUGGGAGAUUACUCUAGCUUCACACAGGAUCCUCGCAGUAAUUGUUAUUUGGAUUUAGCAGGGUUUGAACCUACUCGAACAUUUGGCAAAUCACAGCAUUGUCAUUAUGAUCAGGACUGCCAUUAUGACAAAUUACUUGGUGAUGUAGUAUGUGCGUCAUCAAAACAUGCAAGCAUGGGUUACCACCAGCCUUGCCGGACCAGAGGUCAUCACAGGUCACGUUCUCAUGAUCUGUCCCACACUGCAAAUUCAUUCCAGUACCAUUUGCUGAACCCAUCCAAUGAACCUAAUCAUCGUUCAUACAUGGGAAGUGGAACUCCACAUGCCUAUCACCAUGCUAGACUUAUUAAUCAUGCACGGUCCAAGUCACAUGAGACUGAAUAUGCUAACUUGGAGCAGCACCGAAUGCCAGCAUAUCGACAGCAGGAACGUAAGUUUCCUCCUAUUGUCCUUGGCCAUUCCUCCUCUCCACACCACUUAAGGCAUAGAAAUCGUGAGCAAGAUCAGGCGCGGGCAAUGAAACAGGUAGUACGGUGGCUAGAACAAGAAUUCUCUUCAAGCCUGAACACUACAGAAACCCUCAAUGCUAAGAAUGCUGCUACAAAUGAAACUAAAACACCACCUGAAACACCAUCCAGAAAUGCAAAACAGCCUUAUAGUCAUACAACUGGAUCUCCCAAAAGGGAUGAAACUCCGAUGAGUCCUAGUGCUGCUUCAUCAGUGGAAAGACAUGAACAUCAUCAUGUGCAUGAGCACAUUCAUCAUCAUUAUCAUCAUUAUCAGGAAACACCGGUGCUUGUCUGAAUGAUGGUAUUAUGACACGUAGAACUCAUAAUAAAGCAUCAGUAUUUAAGCUUCAGAACUUCUGUCUGUCAUCUCUCAAUGUUUAUGCAGAAUGUGGAAAUAUUUGCAACACUAGCAGUGAUUUGUGUGAUGGCACUCAACACUCAGGAACUAUGCAUUCUGUAAUGCCUCACCCUGGUAAACAAAUGAAACUAGUCGUGUAAGUGACAGUGUACUUACUCCUUUUUUUACUCCCUCUGCCUUGUUUGUAUAAUUGCAGGUGAAACUUUGUUAAGAGUUGGUGAAAGGCAACUUAUCAUUUGAUAUGAGACUUAAAGAGAUUAUUCCAUGUAAAUUAUUUCUUCUUCAAGUUGUGAGUUUGUUGAAGACUUCUGUGAACAUAGGACACAUAUAAAAGAGCAUUAUCUACCUCUUUUGAUUGUGAUGUAUCUCCCAAACUGAAUUUUAGGUAUAUGUGCGUACACUGUGUCAUUUUCUUUAUUAACUAGCGUUCAUGAAAUUAUCCUCUUAAAGAGAUGGGUUUUUAUUAUAUUUGUAACUUGAAAUUGGUGGGUAUCAUGACUGCUGUGUUAAAUUACACAUUCUUUCUGCUGCAUUCAUUAGCAGUAUGCAGUGUCCAAACUUUAAUGAUUGCCAGGUUUGUAAACAUCUGUGUACAGUGCUGUUGUAAAUGUUUAUCCACUUCCAUUUUAUUUACAUCUGCUUAAAUGUACUACAAUGCACACAAUAUUAGGGCUCCAUAUUUUUUUAAGAAAACUGGUGCUACCAUGUCUGUACAAGCAAUAUAGGCAGCAUAUUUCAUUUAACUGCAAACUCACACAGUUUCAUAUAGCAUUCUGUUUACUGUUCAGAAAAGUGUAAGUACUGUUCUUUAUUAUAGGUUUAGCUGCAAUAUCCAUAUUCUAAAAAUUCAGAAAAUUCUAUCAAUUUAUUAAUUAGAAUUCUUGAUCUGGGAAAACCACUUCCUUUAGCUUUAACACUAGCCUAAAUUUUGGACUUAAUUCUUAUCAGCUGGUGAUAGUGAUUUACUUGAUAUGGCCUGCUGCCAUAAUGAGACAUUAGAUCCAUCCUGAGGAUACUUAAAGAAAAUGUUAGAACAAGUGAACAAUGAAUUGUUUGAAUCCUUUUUCCUUAAUUGAGGUGAAACCUGUCAAUUUUAGGACUUAGUUUGGCUGAAAAGGCCAGGAUUUGACAAGCAAGUUGAAAUUACUAAACCCCAUACUUUUUUAGGUGGAUGACAUGUUUUAAACUCUGUGGAAUUGGGGGUCUUGAUGUGUGUGUUGUGUGGGAGGGGUCAGGCUGAAGUAUGCAUUGCAGAUAAUUGACCUUAUAAUGUGUACAGCCAUGCCAGUGCAAAUUGGUACUCAUAUUCACAAUUAGUUCUUAAUUCUAUCAACAGCUGUUACUGAAAAUUGUGUCUGCAUAAUUUUUUAUAAAAGAGAAAAUUCAUUGCUUUCAUACAGUUGAAAAUUGUUUCUUGGACCCUUCUUAAAUUAAGAGCAUGAAUGUAUGUGAAAUGCGCAAUUAAAUAUGCAGUGUCAUUGGUAUUAACAGAAUAGAUUUUUUUUAAGGAUCUGCAUUUAUAGGUCAUAAACCCACAAAUGAUGUCUGUAAAACUGUACCUUACAUCUCUAGCAAUGUCAUUUUUUAUUUAUUGGCUGAACUUUCAUUAGCUUUUGCAAUGAAAAUUUAAAACUUAUUUGAAGGCAGCUUAUCACUUAAGAGGAAAUUAUGUAUUAUUUGCAUGCUGUUUGUUAUUUAUUGAUACAAUUUUUGUUUCAGUAUAAGAAAAUUAUUAAUUCACAAAAUAAUCUAAAAUUGGAUAGUGGACAUAUUGUUGACUGAUUUUCAGAUGCUGUAUGAGUGUUCUCAUAAAAAUAUUUAGAAACCCUUCUUUUGGUGUAAGAAACAUAUCUCACAAAUAUUUCACAUUAGGAAGUUUUCCAAUGGAGUCCAUGUAUUCAGAUGUUUUACUAUUUUUUUAGUGAAGUAGGGAGCUAUAUAAAAAUUAGUUUCAUGAUGUCUGGCAAUAUGGAAAGUGCAUGAUUCUAAGAUGGUCUCCCAUCUUCAUCUUAUUUCAGUGUGGCCAUCUUGAAAUACAAGAGACAUGAAAACGCCAGAACUUUUAAACACCAUGUUCAGUGUUACAGUAAUUGUGACUGAUCAUUUUGCUUUUUUUUUAUUAAGCUGAAGAUAGUUUACUAUCAACCAUGACACACAAAUCUGUUAUUUCAUAUAGUUAUUGCCUUUGGAGAAAUUAGGAAAAUUUUACUGGAAUGUUCAAUUUAAGCACAAUAGACAUCAUAUAAUACAUAUUAUAAUGGUCUGACACAGGGACAACCAUUUAGAUGUAAUGGCUUGCAGCUGGAACCAGUGUGUCACUGUUGAUACAGACAGUACUGGUUAUUGGGCACCUUUAUGUUUUUGCUGGUUUGACAUUCACUGCUGUUUUGUCAAGGGUAGAUUAAACAGAGUUCUGAAGGAUGCUAAUUACAUAGUUACAGGUGAGUUGGCUUCUGAGUUGUAUAAAUAAUUUGAUGUUGCUCUUGGCUGGUUUUCUUGGUGUCGGGGUGAUUAUUGAUGGGUGAAGCAUUCAGAAUAACUGGUGUGAAAAUAGGAUGAAGUAGGUUGAAAUUGCUGAUGGUAGGCUCUGUGGAUUUUUUUACACCCCCCACCCCACCCAAUCGGCAAACAAGUAGCGUGAUGAUGCAAUUGAGUGAUGCUGGCAGCUUGAAUGGGCGCACACUCUCAGUGAUUGGUUUAAUCCAGGAAUUAACACUGUCAUAUUCCUUAUUCCUUACAUUUUUAUUGAUGUGUCAUUGACUCAUUCGUUGGUUGCUACCUGGAACAACAGUUUACUCUGGGUAUAUGUAAUUCCUCUUAGAAAAUUUGCAUUGCUCAUGUUAGGUAUCCAACUUUCUCUAACUUGCCACACCUGCAUGUGUUUAGGAGUGUGGCAAAAUUGUUCAACAAGAUUCUAUUUACCAUAAAUGCUGUAGGGUAUGCGUGUACUGCCUGGUGGCAGUCUGUCAUGUAGUCAAUCUAUGUUCGAUCAACAACUCUUUGCUGUACAUGGAUCAAACCUACAGACUUACUGUAGAUGUGGCCACACUUGUUACAAUGUAUGUAUGUAUAUGCAUGUAGUUGUGUAUGUCAGAAAGCUCACCAUAUCGAAGAAACAUAGAAUAUAAUCUUGCUUUCUUAAUGUA